AUGAUUUGGGUCGUUUCCACGCUGCUGUGUUGCCUUUCCACGCCGGCGGCCGGACACCAAACACCGCAGUCGCCGCCGUCCUUUCACGGCCACGUUUUUGAGAACUCGCCGGCGGCUUCCAGAGUGAACGGACUGAGCAUCCCGGCCAGGCGCAUUAACGCGCAGAGAGGCUGCCGCGGGACGCACCUCGCCGUGCGCGGCAACGGCAGCGAGGAUUUCCGCGCCUUCGCCCACCACAAGCGCGGGGAUAUUUUGUUGAUGACCUCCAGGGUCUUGGACCGGGAGCUCCGCUCGGAAUACCGGCUGAAAGUCGCUCUGUGCUGCAGCUCCUGCGCGUCAAACGCGGCGGUGCUUGUGGGUGUCGCGUCCGUGAAAGUGGACGUUUUGGACACGAACGACAACACGCCGACUUUCGCGCAGUCAGACGCCGUGCAUUUAACUUUAAAUGACACCACGGCCCUCCGGAGUGUGGUUUGCACGCUGGCAGCCGUGGACGCGGACAGCGGCAAGAACGCAGACUUGACGUACAGUUCUGUGCCCGAAAAUGGCACUUUUUACGUCGUCCCCAAGACAGGCGACGUUUUGUUGCUCGACUCCCUCCUGGGGGUUCAAUCUGCUGUUGAAUUCCGAGUUUUUGCCACGGAUCACGGAUGGCCCCCCUUGACCAGCAAAGGCGUAGUGGUCACCGUGUCUGUGCGCAAGCCCAGGCCAGAGAGGUCCAAGCGCGCAACCAGUGCGCCCCUGGAUGCCAACUCUGUGCCCCUCAACGUGUCCGAGGACGCCAGCGUCGGCUCGGUCAUAACCAGCCUGAGCCCCGGCAGGUUCCAGUCUGCCAGCUUUGAGCUCCUUUCACCGGAGUCGCGGAGUUCCCCCGUGUCUGUGGGCCACGACAGUGGAGAUGUCAUCAUCACCAGGAGGCUGGAUAGGGAGUCGCAAGCUUUCGUGGAGCUCACAGUUAAGGUUCAGGAUAAGCGAGGCCCUGACUGGUACCUGAACAAGGUGAAGCUGACGAUCACCGAUGUCAACGACAAUGUCCCCGAGUGGAAUAUGAAGCCUUACCCGUACCAGGCCGGGGUGUCCCACGAUGCCCCUGCAGGGACCGUUGUCUAUCAGCUCCAGGCCCUUGAUAGAGAUGAGGGCAGAAGCGGGGCGGUGGAAUACUUUUUGGCUGAUGGAGGCGAUGGCUGUUUUGCCGUGGACAAGAAGACAGGCCAGGUGGCGACCACAGGCCACAUGCUCCAGCGGGACAGAGAGUACUUGUUAAGUGUCGUGGCCACCGAUGGCCUGGGCGGCCGCAGUGCCCCCGCUGUGAUUUCUGUAGUUGCUGGAGCCAGAGCGCCGCAGUUCACCAACGCGAGUUACUCCAGCUCCAUACCAGAGAACACGCCUGAAGGACAGCCCUUCCUAGCAGUGUUUGCCAUUUCCUUUCAAAAGCACCCAAUGAGCUACAGCCUGCUGAUCAACCCGAGCAGCCUUUUCAACAUUCAACAGGAGUCAGGGGAGAUAAGUCUGACUCGGUCGCUGGAUUACGAGAGCGACCAGAGACGGUACCUGCUAAUGGUGCGGGCGAGCGAGGAACCGGGCAGCCUGAGCACGGCCGCAGAGGUUCAGGUGCUGAUAACCGAUGAGAAUGAUUGUGUGCCAGAGUUCCUCCAAUCCAUCUACAGCGUGGAUGGAGUCCCAGAGACUGUAACCACAGCAACAUCUCUGCUGCAGGUGUUGGCCAUUGACUGUGACUCAGGGUUAAAUGCUGAGCUGACCUAUUACACCCUGAGUCCAGACUUCAGCAUUUCACCACACGGUACCAUUUUCCCUGCGGCUCGGCUUGACUAUGAGAGGCCUAACCAUCUCUAUGAAUUUGUGGUGAUGGCGGUGGAUGGCGGGGAUGGACCUCAGUCCGGCACCGCCACAGUCCGCGUAAGGAUGGUAAAUGUCAACGAUGAGGCCCCGGAGUUCUCCCAGCUCAUAUAUCGAACAUUUGUUUCCGAGGAUGCAGGCCCAAACACUCUCGUCGCCACAGUCCUGGCCAAAGACCCAGACGGCGAUGGGAUCAUCUACUCUGUUACAGCUGGGAAUGAGGAGGGGAACUUUGUCAUUGACAGCCAAAAAGGGUUAAUCCGACUACGCUCCACCCCCUUGCCCAAGCUUCAAGGCCUGGAGUAUGUCCUGAAUGUUACAGCCACAGACAACAAUGCGUCAGGCGGGCCGCACUCGCUGUCCUCCACCGCACGUGUAAUAGUGGGGGUUGAUGAUGUGAAUAACAACAAACCAAUAUUUGAAGAGUGCCAGCAGUAUCGUGAGCAGGCUUCUGUGCUGGAGAACCAGCCAACGGGGACUUUGGUGUUACAAGUGCAUGCUGCGGAUGCGGAUGAGGGAGCAAAUGGAAAAGUCAAAUAUGGCUUAAUGCACAGAGACAGUGUCAUCCCUGCCUUCAGAAUACACCCAGACUCAGGAGCAAUUGUGACGGCCCAGAGGUUCGACAGGGAGCGGCAGCGAGAGUAUUCGGUUACAGUGACGGCCACCGAUUGGGCAGAGGAACCGCUCAUUGGAAUCUGUCAGCUCACUGUCCAAAUAGUGGAUGAGAACGACAAUAGCCCCAAGUUUGAGAAUAUGCGCUAUGAGUACUUUUUGAGAGAGGACACGCCGGUCGGCACUAGUUUCCUGCGUGUGGCGGCUCAUGACGAUGACUUUGGGACUAAUGCUGCAGUCACUUACUUCAUGUCUGUGGAGCAACCGGAGUACCUAAAGGUCAAUGCUGUCACAGGAUGGGUAUACGUAAACCAGCCCAUAUCACAGAGGACCUACAUCACACGGGAGAUCAUUGCAACUGAUGGAGGGAACCGAAGCUCUUCUGUGGAGCUGGCCGUCACCAUCACCAACGUAAAGAAUCAACCACCACAGUGGGAAGAGGAGAUUUACAGCGUCAUUAUUCUUGAAAACACGACCAGAGACACAUCCAUAGUGACAAUUAAGGCAACUUCUCAACUGGGUGACCCAAGGGUAACCUACAAUCUUGAAGAUGGGAUGGUCCCGGAAACUAACAUGCCAGUUCGUUUCUACCUCUCGCCCAAUCGGGAAGAUGGCUCCGCCUCCAUUCUAGUGUCUGAACCACUGGACUACGAAACUACUCCCUUUUUUUCUCUACGAGUGCGGGCACAGAAUGUUGCUGCAGUCCCUCUUGCUGCCUUCACUACUGUUUAUGUCAAUAUCACAGAUGUCAAUGACAACGUACCAUUUUUCACCUCCUCCAUUUAUGAAGCCUCCGUAACAGAGGGCGCUCAAAUCGGAACCUCAGUUCUCCAGGUGUCUGCUCAUGACAAAGAUCUGGGUCUUAACGGAGAGAUCACUUACUCCCUGCUGAAAGACAGCAGUGGUGACCACCUUUUGUUCCGAAUAGAUCCCAAACUUGGGAUCAUCAACACAGAGGCGGUUUUUGACCGUGAGGCCCGCAGCUCCUAUUUGCUAGAGGUCCAGUCGGUGGACGGCCAAGAAUCUGCUCGACCCGGAAAAAACAAACAGCCCAACUCCGACACGGCGUAUGUCCGGGUUUUCAUCAGCGACGUCAACGACAACAAGCCAGUCUUUGUUCAGAGGCUUUACGAAGUGGCCGUGGAUGAGGACGCUGACGUGGGCCUGGCUGUUGUCACUGUCAGUGCUAAUGAUGAAGAUGAAGGAGCCAAUGCCAAGCUGCGCUACCAGAUCACGUCUGGCAACAAAGGUGGUGUUUUUGACAUCGAGCCAGAGGUGGGGACAAUAUUCAUUACACAGCCACUGGACUAUGAGCAGCAGAAAAGGUACAAACUGCUGGUUCUGGCCUCGGACGGAAAGUGGGAAGAUUAUGCUGCUGCAGUGGUUACAGUGAUGAAUAAGAACGAUGAGGCACCUGUGUUCUCCAUGAACGAAUAUUAUGGAUCAGUCACAGAGGAACUUGAUGGAUCCCCAGUGUUUGUACUACAGGUGACAGCCACUGACCCAGACAAAGACGCUGACCAGGGCGCUAUACGGUAUUCUAUCCAUGGCCAGGGGGCAGAGUCCCACUUCAUGAUAAAUGACAUCACGGGCGAGAUGUAUGCCCAGCGCACUAUGGACCGGGAAGAGCGUGCCGUCUGGCGCUUUGUUGUCAUGGCAACUGACGAAGAGGGCGAGGGAUUAACUGGUUUUACAGAUGUUAUUAUUAAUGUGUGGGACAUCAAUGACAAUGCACCCACAUUUUCAUGCCUGCCCGAUAACUGCCAUAGUAGUGUAGCGGAAAACUCGUCUCCUGGAACAUUUGUUGUGGAAAUGACAGCUUUGGACCUUGACGAUGCCGCUGUAGGCCAGAAUGCAAUCUUAACCUACCGGAUUAUUGACAAUAUGCAGAAUCCAAAGAAUGAAGACCUUUUUUAUAUUGAUUCCAGCACUGGCACAAUAUCAGUGGCAGCUGACGGGCUGGACAGGGAGUUAGUGGAGAGUCUUCAGCUAGUGGUGGAGGCCCGUGAUGGCGGAGGGAUGACAAGUACAGCAACUGCCACUAUUGUCUUAAUAGACAUUAAUGACCAUGUACCAAAGUUUCAAGAAGACAUGUGUGGCACUCGUGUGCCUGAGAAUGCUGAUGUGGAUACUAUUAUUCUGGAGUUAAAUGCCAUGGACCCUGAUUCUGGUGAAUACGGUCAACUGGAAUUUAGUGUGGUAGAUGGAGACCCAGAGCAACAGUUCUACAUGGUCAGUCACAGACUGGAACAAAUGGGUGUUCUUAGAUUGAAGAGGAAUCUAGACUUUGAGAAGCCAGGAGAGCAAAUGUUCAACCUUACUGUAAAGGUACAAGACUCUGAGUUCUCUAGCUUUAUUCAGUGUCUGGUUCUAGUAGAGGAUGAGAACGAUAAUGCCCCUGGGUUUGCCCAGAGCUCUUAUCUUCUCUCCCCUUUCAGUGAGGACGCAGCUGUAGGAACCACUAUCAUCCAAGUAAUGGCCACCGACCCUGACUCUGGUUCAAAUGGGGAUCUUGUUUACAGCAUUCUUCCUCAGUCUGACCCCUAUGAACAUUUUACAAUUAGUCAGUCUGGUAUUGUUACAGUCGCCAAGCCCCUGGAUCGAGAAGCUUUGACUAGUUAUGACUUGGUUGUCAUGGCGACAGAUCAAGGUAUACCAGUGCUGACAGGAAGUGUCACAGUUUACUUGCCAUUGUUAGAUGUGAAUGACAACGGUCCAGAGCUGGAGGAAACGUACACACCUGUGGUUUGGGAAAACAGUCCAGCUCCACAAGUGGUCUGGGUCAACAUGAGCUCAACUCUGCUGCAUGUUGUGGAUAGAGAUUCACCAGAACAUGGGUCCCCUUUCUCGCUCUCCCUUCCUUCAAUGUACUCAGCUGACUUUCACCUUCAGGAUCAUAAGAACGGCUCAGCCACACUCACAGCCCUGCGAAGAUUCGACAGAGAAAGGCAAAGCAAAUUCCUCCUUCCAGUGAUUAUGAUUGACAGUGGCUAUCCACCAAUGACUGCCACAAGCACACUCACUGUAACCAUUGGUGACCAAAAUGAUAACGCACAUCAGGCAGGGGAGAAAGAUAUUUACGUGUACAGGCGCAAGGGAAGGAUGGCAAAUGCAGAACUGGGGAAGGUCAAUGCGCCAGAUCUUGAUGACUGGGACAACAAGACAUACACGCUGGAGACAAGUGCAGUCAAAUACUUCAGUUUGAACCAGAGCUCAGGCAUGCUGUCCAUGCGACAGAACACUCCGGCAGGGAGUUACUGGAUGAGAGUUGGGGUCUCGGAUGGCGUGUGGCCCGAUGUGAUAUCUGGAGUCAGAGUUCAUGUGAGAGAUCUCGAAGAAAAAGCUGUUCUGUCAUCCGCCUCACUACGAUUGACUGGCAUAACCACAAGAGAUUUUAUCGACUCUCGUGUCGUGAGGAAGAGUCGGCUGGAGACACUCUGGGACUUCUUGUCUGAGACCCUGUCUGUCAGACCGGGCAGCAUUAACAUUUUCAGCAUAGCCAACAGGGGGGAGGAAAGACUGGACAUCCAUUUCUACGUGAUGUCUGAUUCGGGCUACAUGCAUUCGGAGAAGCUGCAUGGUUUUCUCAAUGCUCAUAAGAAGAAGCUGCAGUCACUGCUGCGUGUCAACGUGAACCAAGUGCAGGUGGAUGAGUGCAUACACGCCGACUGCAAGGCAUGGGGCGGAUGCUUCACACAGCUGAGCAUUGGUGAUUUGCCCACCCUUGUGGACUCGGAUGCUUUAUCCCUGGUCUCGGUGAAGGUGACGACCUCAGCUGUCUGUGGCUGCAGCUCCAGGGAGUUGACCCACCGAAGCUGUUCUUCCUACCCCGAUAAUCCAUGCCUUAAUGGGGGGACCUGCAUUGAUGCCCAUAAUGGAUACAGGUGCCAAUGCCCCCCUCAGCAUGAUGGGCCAGACUGCCAGCAGUCAAGACGUAGUUUCCAUGGCAACGGCUACGCCUGGUUUCCCCCCAUAAAGCCAUGCUUUGAUAGCCAUCUUUCCCUGGAGUUUAUGACGGAGGAAGAUGACGGACUGCUUCUAUAUGCCGGCCCUUUGGCCACUCUUCUGCCAGGAGAUGUUGAAGACUUCAUGGCCAUAGAGCUUAUUGGUGGAACCCCCAGUCUGAAAAUAAACCAUGGUUCUGGUACCCUAGUUCUUCAAUUAAUAAACAGUGUUGGCUUGGCUGACAGACGCUGGCAUCGUCUUGAUGUGAGGAGUAACAGUAAAGAAGUGCGCUUUACUCUUGAUCGAUGUUCUACUGCAAUUGUCAUGGAGACAGAAGGUGUCGACUCGUGGGCAAUGACAGAGGAUCGCUCAUCCUGUGAAGUUCGAGGAGUCACACCAAACCGUGAGAAGUAUUUGAACGGAAGUCACGUGUUGCAGCUCGGAGGAGUCAUUGUGAACAUGUCAUAUGAAUACCCUCAGCUACAGCACAAACACUAUGUAGGAUGCAUAAAGAACCUACGCCUGGACAGCAAGCUUUUUGACCUAGGAUCUCCAGCCCAAUCUAUGAACAGUGUGCCAGGCUGCUCUUUUAGAGACGAUCACUGCACCAACACGGAGCAACAACCAGGGCCUUAUUGUGGCACCACAGGGCGUUGCACCAGCGAGUUGGGCUCAGGCAGCUGCCAGUGUGAAUUGGGCUUUACAGGACCGCAAUGUGACCAGCCCGUUGCAGAAUUCUCUUUUGACGGACGCAGCCACAUUCAGUUCCAGCUGUUAUGGUCCCUGCCUGCCAGACAGACAAAGGUUCAGGCCGGGAUUCGGACACGUGCCACUUCUGGUGUCAUCCUCGGCUUGCUCUCUCAGGAGCAGAACGAAUACCUACGUUUAGAAAUUGUUCAGGGUUUCUUGGCUGUUUUCUACAACCUGGGAGAUGGAAGCUACAACCUGACAUUGCCUUUCCAUCACCUGAAUGACGGCGAGUGGCACGAUCUGGAAGUGGACCGCUUUGGCCGAGAGUUCAGCCUGCGCGUGGACGGGGGCGGAGGGCGGCGAGAGAUAACGGCCUCUCCUGGGCGGAGUCAGGAGAUCAUUAUCGACCCCUCUGUUGUGAUGCUUGGAAAUUCUUUCCCGUCGGGACACAACAGAAGCUUCCUUGGCUGCAUGCGAGAUCUGAGAUUUAACGAUCGAUCCAUCGCCCUCGACAGUGAGCAGACUUCAGAUGGACUUCAGGUGGUCUCCUCUCAGGGCGUGUCCCUGGGCUGCUCUUCAGAAGCCUGCAGGAAACACCAUUGCUCCCCUCCUUUAGUCUGUGUGGACCUGUGGAGGCAACAUGAAUGCAGGUGCCCUCAAGGUUACAUCACGGAGGAGAGCUCCGCAGGCAAAGCGUGCGUCUACACACUCUGCGCUAGCCACCCGUGUCGCCAUGGCACCUGCUUGGCUCAUACGCCCUCACGCUACACUUGCCACUGCAGCGAGGGCUACCGAGGACGGCACUGCGAAGUUUCGCUGGCCAUGUUCCACAACGAGGACGGCACCAGCCUUAGCCUGAGCUCCAUGUUUGCCAUCAGCAUCUGUGUGAUGGCCUUUCUAGUUUUGAUGCUGGGCCUCUUUCUGUACUCGUGCUGGAGGAGACACAAGGGCCUCAAAAAGGGCGUGUACCAUGUGUCCGCGCAGCACGGCGAGUGGGAGGACAUCCGGGAGAACGUGCUCAACUACGACGAAGAAGGAGGAGGGGAGCAGGACCAGAAUGCUUUCAACAUGGUAGAGCUGCAGCGCUCCCUCCAGCCCAGCCCGGCACAGUCCCUCCGCUACAGCUAUCCACAAAGCAUCAUGUCCUGCCCCGAGAACAUGCCCCCACAAGAGGAGAAAAGGGCGGGAAUGUCCAACGGGAACGGCAGCGCCAUCAUAGCUCUGCGCCUGGCCGUCCCCCCCUCGGAGAUCGAGACCCUCUCCUCCCCUCUGACACUCCGCCGCUCCAAGAAGCCCCUUUCCUUCUCCAGCCAAGACCUGGCCCGCUACCUGUGCGAGGUCAUCCGAGACAUGGAGCACCCGGAGGACGUGGGCACCAGGACCACACCGCGCCGUCCUCCCAGGAAGGAGCGCGGCCUGGCGGCGGCGCGAUCCCUCAGCGCAUCUCAGGGUUCAGAUAUCCGGCACCAGGGCGCCCAGAGCAGCAGGACGGACAAGUUCAGGACCCUCCGAGCUGUCGUCAGCGACCUGAGGGGAGACUCCAAGCCUCCGGAGAGCCAGAGAGACAAAGUGCAGGAGAGCAGAGGCCAGCUGAACUGUGGGAAGAGCGGAUGAGACAAUUGUGCAGCGAAAGAAGGUGAACCAACUAAUUGGGACUGGGUGUGCUGCCUGAGGUCAAGUCCACCAUAAAUGUACUGGAAACUUUGGGCAGUGAACUUCUUGGGUGUGAAACGAAUGAUCUGUUGUAUAUUGUUUACUUGGUGUUGCACUGUACAGUAUGGACUUUGCAGUCAGCACUUUUGGAAGUGUCAGAGGUAAACUCAACAAAAAUACAAAUGCAAAUAAUUUUUGAUUUGGUGAAGUCGAGGUAAUGAAUCAUGAUAACAUCACAGUACGUGGUACUUCUACCCUACUUGCUUCCCCAAUGUGUCAGUUUGAUGGUAAUAGAACAAUGAUCCAUGCAUUCAGCAAGGGAGAGAAGAUGGCUACAGAGCAAGGCUGGUCGUAAUGUAAGACAACUGUAAAAUGUGCAGAAACCGAGUCACCUGAUCAACUUCAUGGCGCAAAUGUUGGUCCUACCGCAUACUGGCCGCUUCUGUUAAUCUGGUUCAUUAAUCGAGUAAUCGGAUAAACACACUUUAUGGCAUAAAUGCAUAUUUUAGGGAAAAUUGUUGAAAUAAAGA